GAAACACGAGCGGGAAAAAGAGCAAUGACGACACAGAUGGGCGGCUUUUUGUGACCCAGACCAAGGAAUUUCUGGCAGAGGGUGUCGGGCUGGACGAGAGAGGGGACGGACACAAAAUGGGCGUUGGGUGGGUGUUCCAGACCUUUUUGUACUUUUGUUUUUUCCACACUUGUAUAUCUUUUUGUUUGUUAGGGAUCAUCAAAAGGGAGAGCUAAGACUGCGGCUUUCUGGGCGCGUGCGAGGUUUUUGUUGUGAAUAUCACCCACCAUACGCCAAGACAUUACACUUCGACAAGGGCACCCACAGAAUAGGACGUCAUGUCAUCGGGGCUUCCGAAAUUCUACCAACGGGGCCGCGACCGGCGUCGCGAGUCCCGCGCUUUGGAUGAGGCUAUUUCUAAUGGUACUGCUGGCACGACGGCUGCGGGGAGUACGAAUGUCAAGGGGAGCAAGUCGUCGCGGUUGAUGCAGUUUGUCAAGAGGUGGAUUUUGGUCUCGUGGAAGGAUUUGCUUGCGAUGGCUGUUUUUGGGGGUGCUGCUUUGGGGAUCUACCAAGCUCCCUAUGCCUCCACCCGCAAUUUCCCCAUCACCUUCAACCAGUCUGGCGAUAUCGUCUACCCCGAACUCGCCUACCCUCACCGCGGGUGGAUCAUCAGCCCGCAACUUUCGGGCGUCAUUGCGGUUGUGAUCCCGCUUGGGGUUAUUUUCCUGGCGCAAAUCAGGAUCAAGUCAUUCUGGGACUUGAACAAUGCUGUUUUGGGGCUGUUGUAUUCGAUGAUCUUGUCGAGUUUCUUCCAGGUUGUUAUCAAGAAUUUGAUUGGGGGGUUCAGGCCGUAUUUUUUGGAUAUUUGCCAACCGGAUAUCUCCCUUGCGUCGAGUAAUAAUGCGACGGGUUUGAAUGGUGUUGGGUUUCAGCAGAUCAUGUACACGAUCGAAAUCUGCACCAACCCGGACAAGGCGGCGAUCAAGACGGCUAUAACGAGCUUCCCUUCUGGCCAUGCCACAAGUGCGUGGGCGGGGUAUGGGUUUUUGUUUUUGUGGAUGAACGCGAAGCUGAAGGUUUGGGGUAACUACCAAACGAGCUUUUACUGGUUGGUCUUGUUGACUGCGCCGGUGUUGGGGGCGACAUUGCUAGCGAGUUGUUUGACGGUUGAUCAGGCACAUCAUUGGUAUGAUAUUUUGGCGGGGAGUAUCAUUGGGAUCGGGACGAGUAUUGCCUGUUAUCGGUUGGUGUACGCGGCGGUUUGGGAUUGGAGGUGGAAUCAUGUGCCGUUGAAGAGGGCGUCGCCGUUUGGGUAUGAGAUGGAGGGUGAUCGGUUGUUGCCUACGUAUCACAAGGCUACCUGGACGAAGAAGCUGGGUUGGGGGAGGAGGAAGGGCGCGAGGGUGGGGAGGGGGAGUGUGAGGGGGCCGGUGGAGAAGAAGGGGUUGGCCAGUGGAAGGAGCAGUGAGACGUAUGCGAGGAAUGGGAGCGCGGUGAGUCCUCACUCGAGAGUGGCGCCACCGGUGAAUGGGUAUGGGAAUGGUGUUGCUCAUCCUGAUCCGGCGGUGGCGAGGGGAACAGGAAGCGUUGGGCGGUAUGAUGGGAGGGGUGAUCAGAUGGUUUGAGUUGGGCUGAGUUUUUGUUUUGUCUGCGAAUCUGAUGGUGUCUUUUUGGUCUGUUGAUAUUUGGCUUUUGGGAACCGAGCAAGCAAGCGAGCAGCUACUAGUGUUUUUCUUUUGUUGAAGCGAGUGUAGUAUUAUUAUUCUAGGAUAUGUAAGUUUAAUAAGAUUGAUACCCGAUGCAUGUACACAUCAUGUCCACUUACGAUCUGGUGUGCGGAUGUGGUAUUUUGUCGCGUG